AUGGCUCUGUUUCCAGCGUUUGCCGAUGAGGCGACUAACAACGUUGAGGAUCCGUCUAAAAGUAAUGACUGCCUGGUGCUGAACCCAUUUGAAUAAUGUUUUUUACAACUCUUUCUUGUUGCUAUUGGGUGUCAUGGAAACGUAAUUAGCAGGGGGUCUGAUGACUUCUUUAAAAUGCAGCCGUGUACUUGGAGUCCUGUACUGUUUGAGCUCACUGACUUUGGUCCUUGGCUUUUGUUUUUUCAUAUCUUUAAGGCAGUACUGAUAGUGUGCCAGUAAUGUCAUGCAUCCCUACCCAAUCCCUCUUGUCAAUGCUCACCGCUAUGUUUUUGCUCCACUCUCUUUUUGUAGGAUUAGACUGGCUGACAAAUAAAAGCUUUCAGACCAGCGAUGCUGUCGUCCUUCAUAACCGGUUCAUUGAGAAGAUUAGUGAGAGGCAGACAGAAAAGGAAUCAAGGUACAAAAAAGUCAUGAAGCACAGCAUAAGACUCUUGAGUUUAUACAGUCUUUUAAAUUGUUAUUAAUGUGUCCCACAUUUCAGUUAUAAAAGCUUCUUUUUCACUUCUUUGUUACCUGAAUUCUUCAUUACAUUUUCUUCCUCAUUACUGUGUUCUUAUUUUUUGUUUUGCACGUUUUUUUCUAAAUUUAAUCCUUUGCCCAGUGUAGAAAUGUGAAACUGUAUUUAAUUUACUUUCAAAUGAGUAUAAUAGUUAUUUAAUUUGAUGUUUGGCAUUUUUACUUCUGUUCAAAGCUUGUUGUGAGUCUCCAUAAAUCUCAUUACAAUUAAGUCACAUUUUAAUCCUCAGUGUUGGUAGAGAUGUAAGCUCUGCAGAGCAGGAGGAAAGGGAAGAGAGUAAUGUGCCGCACAAGAAGAAGAAAAAGAGGAGUGAAAGGAAGAAGAAAAAGAAGAAAAAACACAAAAAGAAAAGUGGACGAUGUUCUGACAGCAGUGGGUCUGACUCUGACACUGUAUACCCCAGUGAUCUGAAAAGAGAAGAAGAGGAUGAUGGGUAUGGACACAACUUUUAACACCCUACAUGCAUUACUAUUUAUUUUGCAUGCAGGACUGCUGCCUACUUCUGAUUUUUAGUUAUAGCUGAUAUGUUUGUGGGUUUGUUCGCAGUCCCAAACCUUCUGCACUAGCAAGUCAUUUCUCUUGGUUGGAUGACCUCCAGACACCUACAGAGCAGCUGUUCUGUAUUGACCAUAAAGCAGACCCAGCCAACUGGGUGUACAAGUCCCUGUACAGAGGAGAUGUAGCAAGGUAGGGCAAAUUCCAAGUCCAAGUAGCACCAAAAAAUGGCUUUCAGGAAGACAACAUUUACUAUGGUUCAAAAACGCGAUGUAAUGUUAUGUUGCCAAUAAUUUUUAAACCUUCUUUAUGUCCCAGAUAUAAGAGGAAAGGCAGCUCAUCCCUGGGUCUGGACCUGCACAGGCAGGGAGUCAGCUGGGAGGAACCAGAGUCGAAUAGGAAACAAAAAGGUGGGAACAAGAAGAAAGCAGCAGACAGAUACUUCUCUUCAGUUAGUCACCAGCUGCUGAGAUCUGAGCCUCCUGUUCCUGCAAUACCAACUAUUCCUGAGAGCAGUGACAGCAUUACUUCAACCUCCUUCCUCCCACUCCAUGAGAAUGAAGAGAAACAAGGUAGGAAAUUUUGCCUCCCGGGUUAGAGUGGUACAUCAACCAAAAACAUACACUUAUUACAAAACCCAAUUCCAUUGAAGUUGGCAAAUUGUGAUACACGUAAAUAAUAACAGAUUACAAUGAUUUGCAAAUACUUUUCAACCUAUAUUCAAUUGAAUUCACUACAAAGACAAGAUAUUUAAUGUUCAAACUCAUAAACUUUAUCUUUUUUUGCAAAUAAUUAUAAACUCAGAAUUUCAUGGCUGCAACACGUGACAAAGAAGUUGGGAAAGGUGGCAAGAAAUACUAAGAAAUUUGAGGAAUGCUCAUCAAACACCUAUUUGGAACAUCCCACAGGUGAACAGGCUAGUUAGGAGCAGGUGGGUGCCAUGAUUGGGUAUAAAAGCAGCUUCCCCAAAAAUUCUCAGUCAUUCACAAGCAAGGAUGGGGCGAGGUUCACCACUUUGUGAACAACUGCGUGAGCAAAUAGUUGAACAGUUUAAGAACAGUGUUUCUCAAAGUACAAUUGCAAGGUAUUUAGGGAUUUCAACAUCUACGGUCCAUAAUAUCAUCGAAAGGUUCGGAGAAUCUGCACGGAAGCGGCACAGCCGGAAACCAACAUUGAAUGCCCGUGACCUUCGAUCCCUCAGGUGUCACUCUAUCAAAAACCGACAUCAAUGUGUAAAGGACAUCACCACAUGGGCUCAGGAACCCUUCAGAAAACCACUGCCAGUAAAUACAGUUUGUCGCUAAAUCUGUAAGUGCAAGUUAAAACUGUACUAUGCAAAGCGAAAGCCAUUUAUCAACAACAUCCAGAAACACCGCCGGCUUCUCUGGGCCCGAGCUCAUCUAAGAUGGACUGAUGCAAAGUGGAAAAGUCUUCUCGGAUCUGACGAGUCCACAUUUCAAUUUGUUUUUGGAGAACGUGAACGUCGUGUCCUCCGGGCCAAAGAGGAAAAGAACCAUCCAGGCUGUUAUCGACGCAACAUUAAUGCUGAAAGGUACAUGCGGGUCUUGGAGCAACAUAUGAUGCCAUCCAAGCAGCGUCUUUUUCAUGGUCGUCCCUGCUUAUUUCAGCAAAACAAUGCCAAGCCACAUUCUGCACGUGUUACAACAGCAUGGCUUCGUAGUAAAAGAGUGCGGGUACUUGACUGGCCUGCCUGUCCUAACUACUUUGGCACGUGUCACAGCCAUGAAAUUCUGAGUUAAUUAUUAUUUGCAAAAAAAAAAAAAAAAGUUUAUGAGUUUGAACAUUAAAUAUCUUGUCUUUGUAGUGUAUUCAAUUGAAUAUAGGUUGAAAAGGAUUUGCAAAUCAUUCUGUAUGUUUAUCACAGUUUCCCAACUUCAAUGGAAUUGGAUUUUGUAUUUGUUUCAGGAGGUUGCAAACUAUUUCAAUGUUUGUUAUGUUUGUACCUGAAGAGAAUUAAUGUUUUGGACAGUUAUAGGUGAUAUGUUAAGUAACCCAAAAGUAAUAGGCAAGUAACUUUAUUUCAGGACUUUAAGUAGUAGUUAACCUCUAAGUGAUGGAUUGUGUCCUCAGCUUUGUGACCACAGUUCUAUUGUGGAAAAUUUCAGGAUUUGAAUGCACUUUUUUUCCAUGGCAUAGUUUUAUAUUCAUCAUCUUUAUCUUUCCAUUCCAGUUCCUCAUAUCUAACUUGAAACCUAUAAAUAUUUUAAUUCCAGGCACCAGAGUGCAGACAUCAUUCUUCAAUCCUCUUGGUGUUUAUGACCCCUCCACAACCCUCUGGGUGCAGGGAAAGGGUAAGCAGGAGCAAACGGAGCAGCAAAAGCAGGCCACACAGACAGAGCAAAGUACAGUGCUGUUGGCUGGGAGGACUGAAGAGUUUAACCGGCGUCUCAGAGAGCAGCCAACAGACACAGAGCUUUGGAUUCAAUUCAUCAGAUACCAGGUAUAAAAACUACUCUUGUCGUUGUGUUGACUAUGGCUUGAUUUUGUUCACUUGUCCUCAAAGUAAUGUUAACUGUAGUGAUAUACUUUGCAAUGUUUUCUGAAUGAAUUUCUACAUGCAGUUACCAGGCAGAUGUAGGCAUUAACUCCUGUAUCCAGCAACAUAAAAACACUGUUUGUGUGAGUAAAGUAGAUUUGAGGAGAGUGUUUCCUCGCAGUCAAAAAAUAUGAGGUUGUGUGAUCAAAGAAUCGUACUUUUUGCUCUCCCUAUGCAACAGUAUCUUCAACCUUCAUUGUCCUCUUUCAUUUUACAGGAUGAUCUGAGCGCAGCAGCAUUUGGAGGUGAGGAGGACCAGCAGGGAAGUGAUUUGGCUGAACGCCGCAAGUCUUCUUACAGAGCUGUCCUGGAGAAAAAAAUGAGCAUUGCAGAGCGUGCAAUUGAGACCAACCCAAGCUGCAUAGAUCUGCAACUGGAGAGGCUCAGGAUCUGCCAGGAGCUGUGGGAGCCCUCACUUCUGGCUAAAGAAUGGAAGAAACUGGUAGACUUUUUGUUUUUAUGUGCCAUCAUCUAAACCUCUCAAUGCUUUGUGUGUUUUCGUUAUAGUUGUGCUGUGUCAAUCCCUGUAAAAAAUGAAAUGCUAACAUGAUCAUAUCUCUUGGCCUGUUAGUCAUUCUAACAAGCUGUUUUGUGUAUUUCAUGAAGGUAUUCCUGCACCCAAACAGUGCACCCCUUUGGAAAAAGUAUCUUCUGUUCACCCAGAGCUACUUCAGCAACUUCACUGUGGCUAAAGUCAACUCUGCUUAUGGGAAGUGUCUCAGUACGCUCAGUGCUGUACGUGAUGGCAGCAUGGUCUCUCAUCCAGCUCUGCCAGGGAUUGAGGAGGACAUGCUGGGUAACAGAUUUAGUUCAGCAUAUACUUAUCCAGUCUUUUGUACCCCAAGAGGGCAUUUAACAGUUGGAUAACAGUUACAUCAUCAGUUAUCCUGUCACUUUCUUGGUUGUCUCACUUGUUGCACAUUUCUUGAUCAUUUUUUCAUGCAGUACACCAUAUUCUUGCUUCUUUUAAUCCAAAAAGAUGCUCUCUGAUAGAAAUUGUCCUGUUUUGAUUUUUUUUUUUUCCUGUCCAGAUAUUUUCACCCAGCAGUGUCACUUCCUACGUCAGGCUGGUCACUCAGAGAAGGCCAUUUCUCUGUUUCAAGCCAUGAUUGACUUUACUUUCUUCAAACCUGACAGCGUACAUAAACUGUCCACCAGGCAGCAGGUAAAUGCACACAAACACAGCAGCAUCAAAACUGAGAUCACAAGUUGUAUUCAUAUAUUCUCUGUUUAUGUCUAAAUAGUUUUGUCCCUUUGGUUUCUGUUGAGCAGUAUUAUGCUACUCUAAAUACAGAAUCAAUUUUGAAUAUUUUGUAAAACAAAAACACACAAUAGUGCUCCAGUUGUCAAAUUAAAGAGUGAAUGUUCAUUUAUUUAAGGUAACGAUGUUUCUGUGUGUUCCUACAGGUUGAAUUCUUUGAGCCGUUUUGGGACAGCAGUGAAGCAAGAGUUGGGGAGGUUGGAGCCAGAGGUUGGAAAGCCUGGAUGCAUCAACAAGAGAGAGGAGGGUGGUUACAACCUAAUGCAGGUAAAACAUACAUACAUACAUGCUCACAUACUGACCUCUUAACUGUGCGAAGCAGGUUUUCUGUAUUGGUGAUAUGCAACAUGAAAAUUUAGAAUGCCAUUAAAAAGAAGAGCUGUAUGUUCUUGUUUUUGUGUUUUUGGAUCCACAGAGGAAGAAGAGGAGGAGGAAGAGGAGGAAGAGGAGGUAAAAGAUCGAAGCCAGCCCAGAUGGACAGUCUGGCUUGAUGUGGAGUCGUCUCGUGAAGCAGCUCACUGGUUACCCUGGAGGCCAGACAAAGCCAAGGGCCAAUCAGAAGAGGACUGUGAGGACCCAGACAGACAGGUACUAGUUUAAAAUGCAUCUGCUCGUGUCUGCUUCGACUGUAUGGUUGGUUGAAGUAUUUUGCUAUAAAGUAAAGAAAAAGACCUCCGAUCAAAGCUUUAUUUCUCCUCUCUUACUUAUGCUUCUUCAAUUUUAGGUGUUGUUCGAUGACAUUGGCCCGUCCCUGAUUUGUCUGUCUUCACCAGAACUCCAGCUCCGUCUCUUGCUUCGAUUUUUGUCAUUGCUGGGUCUUCCUGUAGACUCUGUGCUCUCUCCUGCCCCCUGCCAGCCUGGCCUGCUCCUGGAGAACCUUUCCCUGCUCACUCAGGGUAAAGAUGACACCAUAAGUCACAAUAUCAGGUGUUUCGAUUAUCAUGAAAAACUAUCAGAAAUAAAUAAAUCUGUCUUCAUGUCACACCCCAGGGAAUGCGCUCUGCAGCCCUCUGACAUCAAGCUACCUACGUGACCACGGCGAUGACUCCAUAGGUCACAUGACUACUCUCCAGGGAAAAAGGAAGUGGGCUGGGCUCGGGAAGCAGGGGGAAAAGUUUCUUGCCAAUGUGUUAAGUAUGGUCCAACCUGUUCUCCCUGCCCAGCACCAAGCUGUCCUGUCACACAGUUGGAUGCAGUAUGAAAAACUAAAGGUAACCCUUGGUUUAUCUGUCAUUCUAAGUUGUAUUUUAAUUGGAAUGAAAAAUAAAGUCAUAUAUCAAGUUAAGAUCUUAGUUGUAGGUAUAGAAGUCUUUGCACAUAUUGAUAUUUUUCUAUUUUUGUGCCUCAGGUCUGGCGUUGCCUGAAUCACAGCAACAAAAAGAGACUUCGCUCUCAGGGUAAGAGCAGCAAGAGGAUUGCCAAGCAACUUCUCAAGGAACCGCACAACCGCUCAUCGUUGGUGCUGUGGCGGGAGUAUGCACACUUGGAGUGGAUGCUGGCCAACUUUGAUGAGGCUCGCAAAGUCUUCUCCACAGCCUCAGCUUUAGGGGGAGCCAAGGGGCUGAGGAGCCCAUCCCUGUGUGAGCUGUGUUUACUGUGGGCCCAGCUGGAGGCCGAAGACAAGGCAGGUUCUCAAGGAAGAGGGCUCUCUGAUGUUACCACGUCCCCAGCUGUGUGUGUGCUAACCAGGCUAGCAGAGGGAGCCUCUUCAUCCUCCUUUUCCUCCUCCCAGCCCUUGUCUCCAGUUUCCAUUCUGAAAGCUAGGAAGUCUUAUGAGGAGGCUCUAACGGCCGCUUUAUCAGCCUUUGAAAAAAAUACCAAAAAUCAAGAGGUCAAUAGAAAAGGUAACCUCCAGUUUCAUCUAUAUUAGCUUUUAUCUAACAAAGGUGUGAUAUAUUUGUCCCACAAAGACCAUAUUGUGGUUAUUUAACACAUCUUUCAGAGUUACUGUUCACUCAGUGUCUUUAAACCAUCUUGAAACACCAUCAAAUUUGUUAAGAUUAAGACAGCACUGUUUUUUGUCUUUCCAUGUAGUCAGUGUUUUUUAUUCAUUGUUGUCUGUAUGUGAGCAACUUUAAUCUGCUGCAUUUGGUCAAGUUAUUAACUGUCUUUGUACUUUGUAAGUCAUUUAAAUGAUAAUGUAGUCAGUAUAUGAAAUAUAUUGUACCGUGUCCUCAGUCCUUUUCCCAUUUAACCACCAGGUGAAGAAGACCUGUUUGGAGAAAAGCUGAGGCUAAGAGGUCUGGUGGGUUGCUAUGCUCUGUUUCAGUACCUCACAAUGGGCAUCCAAGCAGCUAACCUUGUCUACAGCCAGACCAGAGAGAGGAUAGAGGAGCUGCACUGCGCGCUGAAACUUGGCAAUGAGAAAGCCGAGCUAUCUGCUAGUGAUGCUGGCCAAUCGGCAAGAAAUCCCAGUCACACCAGCCAGAACUGUGAGAACAGGCUGGCCUCAGAGUGUGAGGAAAUAGCAGUACAGCAGGCAGCAUUGCUCAGGCACCACAACAACAUCAGUGUUUUUCCUCUGGUAACACUGAGACAAAUGCUGACCUCUGCCCUCUCUACCUGGCCCAGCAGCGCCCCCUUGUGGAGGAUAUACAUACAGGUAAGCUGCCGUCUCACUCUUUCAAAAAUUAUAAUUUUACUAUUUUUUUUAUCAUUAUUGCUUAAAUCAGUUAGUAAAGUUACUUGCUCUCUUCAAGGUCCUGACUUAUAUUCUCACAUGAGUUAGUCUUUGUCUAUUUGAGUAACUGGUUCACCCUCAUUUAACCUCUGUUUCAGGUGGAGAACCGUUACCACAGUGCUGGACGGGCCCGUCGCUUUUUUCACUCUGUAAUCAGGGACAGCUGUAGGGUGCUCCCACGCCUUUUUGCCAUCGUUGCUGAACAACAAAGGAAGCAGCUGGUUGAUUCAGCACAGAGGUAUGAGCAGGACAAGGGAUGGAGAGUGGCAAGGUUAUACUUAACUGGUGCUGUACAUGGAAAAUACUGUCUAUGAGUUUUAAAAGACCCUAUCAAAAUCAAAAGAGCUUUUUUGUAAGUCCAUCAGCCCAAACUCUGUCAAUGUUUAAGACAAAUCAACACUGCUUUUCAGUAAUUAAAUAUCAAAGUAAAAAAAGAUUGGCCUUGAUUAUGUAUUUUUGCUGUGUUUACAGAUCUUGUUGCCAUGACGCUGCCUUGCCCAUCUUGCCAGAAAAUGGUCUGAGCAACCGUAUCCGUGGACUGUUUGAGAACGCCAUAGCAACAGAUCUUGGUUCUAACUGUCCCUUACUCUGGAGGAUGUACAUAAACUUCUUGGUGCGAAAUUGUUAACUGAUCUGAUAUAAUUUCCAGUCUUUCAACACUUAGUUGUAGGAAAACACUGAAAGGGAAAUUUCUUUAUGUUUUAGUGAGUCAGUGCUCAUAACAGCUGAAAGACUGACUAGAGUUGCUUUUCUUCUUCAAUCAUCAAUUUGUCGAGACGGUAAUGUUGGCCUUAACAAAAGGCACAUACAUUUAGAGGGUUUGGCAUUAAAUUCCCAGUCAGUUGAAAUAACACAAAAGAAAUGGGACAUCAUUUUAUCAAAUAGGGAUUUUGUUAAAGAUAUUAUAAUUCUGCUUGAACCAAUAAUGUGAAAUGAUAAAAAAAAAAGUCUGCUGCAUCAUAGAUAGCUCCCAUUUCCUUGUAAUUCCACGUGUUGAUCUCUGACCUCAGCCUUUGUUUUUCCCUAUGCUCCAAAUAUUUACUUAGAGUUAGAAGAAUAAGAGCUGACACACCUAUGCGUGUAAAUUCAAAGACCAAAUAUUGACCGUCAGUAAAGCCUUUUGGUUGUACAAUAUGUAUAAUGUUUUUGCAUGCAUUUGCAAUUGUAGGUGUCUGAGGGGAAUGUGGAUAAAGCCAAAGGCAUCUUCUACAAGGCCUUACAGAAUAUUCCAUGGGCAAAGGUGAGACUAAGACACAUAAGUGAUAAUUUCUGAUAUUUUCUACUUUCUUUGCUUUUAAUUAUACUUCAUACAAUUGUCUUGUACUAAUGUGUGUUACCUGGGUGUGGUUGUAUAUGACUGCAAAUUUACAUUAAUGCAAAUAUAUACUCUUGGUUCUUGUAUAAUCAGGGUUUGUACAUGGACGCUGUGCAGCUGUUUCCCGAGCAUCUUCAGGAGUUUGUAGAUGUGAUGACAGAGAAAGAACUCCGACUUCGACUGCCUCUUGAAGAACUGGAUAUACUACUGGAGGACUAA